GUGCUAUUAUAUCCUCUGCACCGCUCCUGAUCUGAAUUUCCCCUUUCCUCUUCUUCUUCUUCUUCUUCUUCUUUUCUUCUUCUUGUGUCUGUCGCUCGCAGCUCGCAGUUGAGCUGCCGGAGAUGUCGUCCUCCUCCUUGUCCAAGGCCAGAUUAGAGGGUAAAGGAGGCGGAGCCGGGAGAUCCAUAUCGCUGGCCGCCUCCAGGGCCAAGCUCGCCGCAGCCACCAAGAAAGCUACUACUACUAGUACAGCCGGAGGCGGGCGGGGCAAGGGCAAGGCGGCCAAGAAGGUCUUCUCCCUCACCGGCCAGAAGUUCGAAACACCAGAGGAGAGGGAGCCCCUGAGGAUCUUCUAUCAAUCGCUCUCCAACCAGAUCCCAUCCAGCGACAUGGCCGAAUUCUGGCUAAUGGAGCACGGCCUGUUAUCUCCGGAGAGAGCCAAGAAAGCCUACGACAGGAAGCUCAAACGGCAGCAGCAGAUCAAAUCAGGGAUCCCCAUCAAGUCGUCAAAUUCCACCACUGUCAACAAGCACAAUAACAACAAUAAACCUGCAGAGAGCUGGAAGAAACCUGUACCAGUGGUUUCUUCUUCUUCCACAGCGCGUCACAACACAGAUCAUUCCGCCGGCAAGGCCAAGAGAAGAGUCGAGUACAGCAGCGACGACGACGACGACGACAAAGAAUUCAUUGUCAAGCUCAAGAGACCCAAUUUCAACUCCAACUCCAAUUCCACUUCCAGGGGUGGCUGAACUGCUCCUCAACUUGAUGAAUGGGCCUGUCUGUCUGUUUGUUUGUUUCUUUCCGGCUAGCACAUAUCCUACUACAUGGAUCAUCAAGCAAUACCAUCUCUGAUUCAGAUUCAGAUCACUAACUCGACUUUUAUUUAUUUUGUUUUUCACCCUACAAGUACAACAACGAAUUGGCUCUUCUGUUCUGACUACAUAUAUAUGUCUGUCUGUGUAUUUGAUUUCAGAGACAAGAUAGACCUUACCUUUUUGUUGUAAGCAAUGCCUAUAUUGUGAAAAUAAUGAAUGAAUGAAUAAAUGAACACA